AUGAUAGGAGCAUCGAGUGGUAUAGGAGUCGAGACUGCUCGUAUUCUUGCACUGCGUGGUGUGCAAGUGGUUACGGCUGUGAGGAACACUGGCUCUUGUGCUAAAGUUAAACAAGAUAUUGUCAACCAAGUCCCUGGUGCUAAAGUCGUUGUCAUGGAGUUAGACCUCAGCUCAAUGGAAUCUGUCAGGAAAUUUGCAUCUGACUACAAAUCUGAUGGUCUUCCUCUCAACCUCUUGAUGUGA